AGACUCUUUACUGAACCGAGGAGGAUAAACAGUUGUAUUAAAACAAUACCCUGCGAUAUUUCCCCAGAACAGUUCAUCUACUCGGUCCAGGAUGUGGCUCCAGGUGUCUCUUCUCUGCCUGUCCUGCUUAACUCUGCCCAGCCGAAGCCAAGCUCAAGACCGAGCAUCCCUCCGCCGUGCCAAUGACCACGCCGGGCGCUGCCACUACACCUUCACCGUGGCCAGUCCAGAGGAGUCCAGCUGCUCCGGGAGCAGCAUGAAACCAGAGAUGGAUGGAGUGUCGUCCCGACUCACUCUGCUGGAGGCUUUAGUCAGCCGUCUGAUAGCAGGAGUGGAUGGAGGCUCCGGGGCUGGGGUGAGAGCUAACGGUGAAGAAGGUCUCCAGGAAGCUUACUCCCAGGUAACCAGGGAAAGAAACCAGUUGCAGCAGGACAAGGAGCGUCUGAGCGGGCAGGUCCAGGAGCUGCAGAGGAGGCUGGCCGAGCUGAGUCAAGAGACAGAGAGCCUCAGGCAGAGACCCUGCCAGCAGACACACACCUCAGGGACUCAGCGGGAAAACAGACCUGCCAGUGACCCUGCACAUAAUUUUGGGAAUGGUGCAUACCAGGAGAUGAAGGCUGAGGUUACGGAGGUUCCAGCAUCCCACCUCAUUCCUGAAGCAAAUCACAACUUCACAGGCUGUGGAGAGCUGCAGUCAGUGGGAGAUCCUGUGUUGCACAGGAAGGCUGACAGUAUCACAGGGAAGUAUGGAGUGUGGCUGCAGGAUCCCGAGCCUCAGGGCACUCAAUACACCAACAACACGGUGUGGAGUAUCGACACAGUGGGUAAAGAUGUCCGUCAGGUCUUUGCAUAUGAAGACUUGGAUCAAUUAUUCCAAGGCUUCCCUAUGAAGGUCCUGGUCCUGCCAGAGCCUAUGGAGAGCACAGGUGCAACCAUAUACCGCGGCUCCCUUUACUACCAGCGCAAACGCAGCCGCACCCUGAUCCGUUACGACCUGAACUCUGAGCGCCUGGUGUCACGCCUGGAGCUGCCUCACGCUGGCUUCCAUGGCCAGCACCCUUACUCCUGGGGAGGCUACACUGACAUCGACCUGGCGGCGGACGAACAGGGCCUGUGGGCUAUCUACAGCACAAACAAGGCAAAGGGUGCAAUUGUGAUUUCCCAGCUGGACCCCGAGAGCCUGGAGGUGAAGAGGAGCUGGGAGACCAACAUCAGGAAGAACACAGUGGCCAAUGCUUUCAUGGUGUGUGGAAGCCUGUACACAGUGGCCAGCUACACCGCACCCAACACCACCAUCAACUACGUGUUUGACACCGCCACCGGCGUGGGGCGGGCUGUCGCUGUGCCCUUCAAGAAUAAGUACCGCUACAACAGCAUGGUGGACUACAACCACGCCCAGAGGAAGCUGUACGCUUGGGACAACUUCCACAUGGUCACUUAUGACAUCAGACUGGGCAGGGCGAGUAACAGCAGCAACUAAAGAGGAGACAAACAUAUUGUCGUUUACAGGACCGUGCUGAUGCAAGAGCAAGUGAAUAAGAUAAAACCUAAUGAAAAUGUAAUCAUUUGCAUCACUGAGGUUAUUGCAGGGCUUCGUACGUUUUUGCAUCAUUAAAAUAAAUGUUUAUCUAAUUGUAAAUAAGAUCUAUUAUGGUAACAGAAAUGUAUUCCUUGAGCAGAUUAAUGUAGCUAUGAUAGAGCGGUAAUUAUUAAAUGUUAUGCCCUCAGGCUUGUGUCAAUUUUUACACGUGGUAUCGAAGAUAUUUUUUAAGGUAUUGACAACACUAACAGAUAAUGUACCAAAGCACAUUGUAUGGAGGGACAUACUGACGAUCUAGUUCUAGAAUAUGUUUAAGUUUAUUUGAUUGUUACCGAAACACAUUAUUUCACCACGCUUAUCAUCUUACCUAAUGCUUUUACUUUAAUGAGGUUACCUGAUAAAUGAGCUGAAACGAUUUGGACAAUUUGGAUAAAGCAAUUAAGGCUUUAUAACAAUUGUAACAUUUGUGUAUAAGUUGA